AUGACUGCCAGGGCUGCAGGAAUCAAGAGAAAGACGAAGCCGUCGGCCUCGUCGCUAGCAAAACGUGUUAAGACGAAGCAUGUCCUCACAGACGACCUGCCGUGGAAAAAGGUCUCUAAGCCGCGCGAGGCAGACCUUGGGACGGGGAUGGAUGGGUUCCUCGAUUUAGAGGAGGUUCAGGAUGUGGAUGUUGUAUUUGAGGAGACGGAGGCUGGUCGGGUUGUGAAGUUCAAGGUGCGCGGCGAAGAUGAUGAAGGGGAAGAUGUGCUGGACGCGCACGUCAGCGAAGGAGAGGAGGUCGCGGGACAGUCGUCUGCAGUGACCACGGAGAACAUCGACCUCGACGCUCUGCCCGAGCCGAUCAAGUUCGACACCAAGUCCCUUCUCCCCGAAUGGCACUCGUUCAAACUCCAUCCUCAACUCGCACGCGCGCUGUAUGCGAAGAAGUUCACAACACCGACGCCCAUCCAAGCGCAGACACUCCCGCUCGCCCUGAAGAAUAAGGACGUAGUCGGUGUGGCAGAAACUGGCUCUGGAAAGACGCUGGCGUACGGCCUGCCCAUCCUCCAUUACCUCCUUACGGAGGCAUACUCGCGCCCUAUCCCGAGCAACAAAACGAGGCGACCCGUCCGCGCGCUCGUCCUCGCUCCGACGCGUGAACUCGCGCUCCAAGUCUCUUCGCAUCUCAACGCAUGCCUCUCGUCGAUGGAUGUCGAUGCGGUCGAGAACAAGACAGGUGACGAUGAGGUGUCAAAGAAGGGCAAGAACAAGGGGAAAGCCAAGGCCAAGGCCAAAGCUGCCGAAACCCCCGCUCUUGAGAACAAGCCAAAACACCCUCCGCUCGUAAGCGUGGCUGCGGUGGUUGGAGGCAUGUCCGCUCAGAAGCAGCGCCGGAUCAUCUCGCGCGGCGUGGACGUGCUCGUCGCGACGCCCGGUCGUCUGUGGGAUAUCUUGCAGGAGGACGAUGAACUAGCGACUCAAAUAGAAUUCCUGCGGUUCCUCGUGCUUGACGAAGCCGACCGGAUGAUCGAGACCGGCCACUUUGCUGAGCUGGACAACAUUCUGCGUUUGACAUUGCGGAAAUCAGACGACGACGUCAUUGAGCCCGAGAACAAGAUGGACGAAGAAGAGGACACCAAAGACGGCGUCCGCGGGGGCGACCUCCAAACCUUCGUCUUCUCCGCCACGCUCUCUAAGGACCUCCAACAGAAUCUCAAACGGCGGGCGCGCCCCAAAGCCCGCCGCAAGGCCGACAAGCCAGCAUCGACGCUCGACGACCUCCUCCUCCGGCUCGAUUUCCGUGACCCGUCUCCGGCCGUGGUCGACAUCGCCCCGGCGUCCCGCGUCCCGGCAGCCCUGACUGAGAGCCGCGUGGACUGCCUCGCAGCGGACAAGGACGCGUACCUGUACUACUUCCUCCUCCGCUACCCCGGCCGCACGCUUGUCUUCCUGUCCGCGAUCGACGGCAUCCGCCGGCUGCUCCCGCUCCUUGCGCUGCUCGGCGUCCCCGCGUUCCAGCUGCACUCACAGCUCGAACAGCGCCAGCGCCUGAAGAACCUCGACCGGUUCGCGAGCACGCGGAACGCGGUGCUGCUCGCGACGGACGUCGCCGCGCGCGGGCUGGACAUCACCGGGGUGGACCAUGUCGUGCACUACCAGGCGCCGCGCACCGCGGACGCGUACGUGCACCGGAACGGACGGACGGCACGGGCGAUGAGGAGGGGGUUCGCGCUGCUGAUGUGCGCGCCGGACGAGAGGCGCGUCGUGCGCGCGCUGAUGCGCGGUCUUGGACGGGAGGAGGAGGAGCUCGCAGAGAUGCCGGUGGAGCUGUACAUGCUCGACAAGCUCAAGGCGCGCGUGCAGCUCGCGCGCGAGAUCGACAGGCUGCAGCACAAGGCGAAGAAGGAGCGGCACGAGCGCAGCUGGCUCAAGGAGGCCGCGGAGGCGAUGGAGAUCGAGCUCGACUCCGAUCUCGCGAGCGACUCCGACGAGGACAAGGCGCCGUCAAAGCAGAAGCAAAAGGCCGCGGGAGCGAAGGCGGCGGCGCUCAAGGCGCAACUGAAAGCGAUGCUGACGCAGCCGCUCGUCGCGCGCGGGGUAUCGACGCGAUACAUCACGUCGGGCGUGCGCUCGAUCGCGGACGACCUGCUCGCCGGUGAAUACCACGAAACGAUGGUGGGGAUGAAGAAGGUCGAAGCGGGCUCCGACUUGGUGCCCGCCAAGGCGCGCAAGGCGAAGAAGCGCGCCACCAAGGCAGAAGAGGAAGAAUUCGAGGAAUGGGGAGGGAUUAGCGUUGGUGCCGGUGGGAGCGACGAUACGUAG